AUGUCUACAGAUCUUUGCCCCGUCUACGCGCCCUUCUUUGGCGCCAUGGGCUGCACAUCUGCCAUCGUCUUCACAUGCCUCGGCGCAUCAUACGGAACCGCCAAGUCUGGUGUUGGUAUCUCGGCAAUGGGUGUCCUGCGACCUGACCUCAUCGUGAAGAACAUUGUUCCCGUCAUUAUGGCUGGUAUCAUUGGUAUCUACGGCCUGGUCGUCUCUGUCCUGAUCUCCGACGGCCUCAAGCAGGCUGACUACGCCCUGUUCACCGGCUUCAUCCAGCUCGGUGCCGGUCUCGCCGUCGGUCUGGCUGGUAUGGCUGCUGGUUUCGCUAUUGGUAUUGUCGGUGACGCUGGUGUGCGCGGUACUGCCCAGCAGCCCAGGCUAUUCGUCGGCAUGAUUCUGAUUCUCAUUUUCGCCGAAGUCUUGGGUCUUUACGGCCUGAUUGUUGCCCUUCUUAUGAACUCCAAGGCUGCCAUUAACGUCUCCUGCUAA